AUGAUAAAAUCAAGGAAGCAAUAUAAUGUAGUUAUUUUAAAUUCUAUAAGAGUACAAAGAGGAAAAUUUUUUAGUUUUAUGAAAAGUAAAUAUGGCCAAGAGGGAAUUGUGGAGAAGCGAAAUAAAAAUGAUAUGCAUAAGAUAACAAAAAUAUAUUUAAAAAAUGUAAAUAUGAAAAGUGAUAAUCAUAUAUAUGCUUGUGGUAAUAAAUGUUUUAGUCAUAUAUAUUAUAAUAAUAUAUACGAUUGUAGAAAUAAAUAUUAUAAUCGUAUAAAUCCUGGUAAUCAUAAACAUUUUAGUCAUAACAUUAAUAGUCGAGCUUAUAAGAAGUCUGUAUUUUAUGAAGAAGUUAAUGAGAAGAAUAAUUACGAGAAUAAUAUAAACUUAUUAAAUAUCAUAAAAAAUAGUAAAAUUGAAAAAUUCAAUAUCUAUGACUGCACACUUUUUUUAAAUUAUUUCAUUAAAAAUAAAAAAAAUAAAGAAUUUGAUAAAGAAUUAAAAGAUAGAAAUAAAAUAAAAUUAACAUCUUCAUUAUAUAAAGAAUCAAAUGAUAAAAUUCUAAAGAAUAUAUUAAAUUUCGAACCACAAAAUAUAUUUUUUUUCUUUAAUAAAUAUGCAGAAUUAAGAGAUAGAAAUAGUAUAGAAAUAUUAUUUGAACAUAUUAUACAUAAUCAUUUACAUUAUUUUUCUUUAUAUUAUUUAACGGAUAUUAUAUAUAAUAUAGCAAUACUUAAUUGUAAUUUUAAAAAUAAUCAAGACAACUUAAAUGAAUUUUUAAAUUAUGUUAUAUUUAAUGUUAUAAAAGAAAAUAAAAACAUUAAACAUUUUGAAAAAAAAAUAACCAAUAAAUUAAAAAUCUCAUUUGAUAUUAUACGUAAUGAUGAUAAAAAAAAAAAACCUAUAUAUAUUAAAAGUAUCGAGAAUAAUAAAGAAAAAAAAAAAAAUGAAAAAAGGAAUUUUUUACAAAAUAAUUUAAGUGAUAAAGGUACAUACAUAGUACUAACACACAAAAAUGAUAGCAGCAUCAUGAACGGAAAGAUGAACUUGGGCAUGAUAAAAAAUGACAACAACAAUAAUAUUAAUAAUAAUAAUAAUAAUAAUAAUAAUAAUAAUAAUAAUGAAAAUAAUAACAAAUCCAAAUUUAGUAUUAAUACAUUAUCAAAUGUUAUGUUAUAUAAAUUAAUAUAUAGUCUGGCAAAGAUUAAACAUAACGAGACAUGUAUUAAAGAAUUAUUCAUUUUAUUAAUUCCUUAUAUUAGGUACUUAAUUCAAAAUAAAAAUUAUAUAUAUUCAAAAGAUAGAAAUGAUGUUAUUGUGAAAAUUAUUUGGUCUUUUGCCUUCUUGAAAAUUAGAGAUAUUCAUUUAUUUGUAGACUUUUCCAUAAGCAUACAACUAAUACUACAUGAUUUAAAAUUACAAUAUCUCAAAAUAAUUAAAAAGAUCUAUGAAAAUCUAUUAAUAUUUGAUGAAGCCUUACUAGAUAAACUAGAUUCCAGAAUUAACCAAAUCGAAGAAAAUGCUCCUCAACAAUUUUCUUACCCAAGGAAAAAGCAAUUCAAAAAAAAAAAAAAAAGAAUUCACAUUGGAGAUGAAAUCAAAUUUGACAGGGAAAAGAAAUAG